AUGUUAAUUGAGAUUCACUGUGUUGAGCUGUCGGGUCUGAUCGUUAACGCUGAUCGGUACUCGACCUCCUUCCAGGAGGCCCGGAACCCCACGAGCUUCUACCAGGAUAGCUCCAAGCGCGCCAUCGUCUUCGACUCGUGGCUCACCAGUAUGACCAUCGCCUUUACCAUCGUGGGCCGCGCCCCCAUUAGCACCGCCCAGAAGCUCGUCCAGGCACGUGCGUACGCCCACGGUCUCACACUAGCCGUUCUUAAUAUCUCGGCCGCCUUCGAGGUAAAUGUCGCCAAGAAGGGCAGCAGCCGCUUCCAGACAGUUAAGGUCCUAGGCCCUAGUGAUCCCGAGCACAAGAGGCUAAUCGAGAAGAAGGUACGCAGAGAGGAGUAA